CGCUGUGCAGUUGGGGCUCAGUAUCUUGACAGACGUCUCGUUGUCACUAUCGUUAAAACAUUUAAGCAAGAAACAGAGACAGUUAAGCUCCGGCUGCGUUAAUUGUGCUGCGAAUAAGUUAUAGCUGCAAAAUAUGGCUCGUUGCUUGAGCUUUUAUUUGCUGCAAGCACUUGCUUUUGUUGCCACGGUGGGAUACGUCAAGGCGCAAGUUAGUCAAGGCUUCACUGUUGAUACUCAUGAUCUGACGGUAUUGCUGAAUGGCAAUAAAACUUUUGAGAUUUAUGCUAGUAACAAUAUUGGAGUAAAUGCCAAUGUACAGUUGAUCAAACAACAUGAGGACUACUUGGAUUUGGAUCCCGAGUCAUUUGUCUAUCAAGCGGGCAGUUCGUUCAGUCAAAUCAUCACUGUAACCGGUCGUCAUGCAGGUAAUGUCGAGAUCACCGCCAGCAGUAAUCCCAGCGAAAGUUGGAUCACGAGCGAUUUGUUUGUGCGUGUUGUUGUUGCCAAGUCUGAAGCCAUUAUUUACACCUCAAUUGUGUUCGGCUGGAUUUAUUUUGUUGCAUGGUCGGUUUCGUUUUAUCCGCAAAUAUGGAUCAACUAUCGCCGCAAAUCGGUGGAGGGUUUGAAUUUUGAUUUCAUAGCCCUCAACAUUGUUGGCUUUACGCUCUACAGCAUGUUCAAUUGUGGCUUGUAUUUCAUCACCGGGCUGCAGGAUGAGUACGAGGAGCGACAUCCUCAUGGCGUAAAUCCUGUAUUGUUAAACGAUGUCGUUUUCUCAUUGCACGCUAUGUUUGCCACAAGCAUCACAAUCAUUCAGUGCUAUGUGUAUGAGCGCGGAUUGCAACGCGUCUCGAAGACGGCAUUCGGUUUAUUGGCAAUAUUUGCUCUGUUCAUCGUCAUAUCAGGUGGACUGGCUGGUGGCGGGGUAAUUCAUUGGCUGGAUUUCCUAUACUACUGCAGCUAUGUGAAGCUGACGAUAACAAUCAUCAAAUAUAUUCCCCAGGCCUUGAUGAAUUAUCGCAGAAAAAGUACUGUGGGAUGGAGUAUAGGUAAUAUCUUAUUGGAUUUCACUGGCGGAACUCUGAGUAUGCUGCAGAUGAUAUUGAAUGCGCAUAACUAUGAUGAUUGGGCGUCUUUAUUCGGUGACCCAACGAAGUUUGGCCUUGGUUUAUUUUCUGUGCUAUUUGACAUAUUCUUCAUGCUUCAGCAUUACGUAUUCUACAGACAUUCGAGAGAGUCUUCUAGCUCUGAUCUAACGACUGAUACAGCGGUUAACAAUGAAGCUCAGAAUGAGUCGAUUGAGAAAUAUUAGACCUUAACCUUAUUAAUAUAUAUUGAUUUUAGUUUUUGUAUAAUAUUUAGUACUUAUUGCCUAUUUAUAAUUUAUGUUUAUGCCAUGUCUGUUUGUAGUCGUUAUUUAGUACUUUGCUUUACAUUAUUUAUUUAAAGUGCCGUAUUAAUAAAUGUAUCUACUCUUGUA